GCGGCUCCCUGAACCGCAGCUCGUAGGGCAGGACGGCAAGGCGCCGGCGCGUGGCCCUGUCCCGAAUCUCGCUGACCACCUCCCGGAUGGUGUAGAUGUUUUUCCCUAUGUCCUGCGGAGAGACCGGCCCAGCUCACAGUCGCCCGCACCAUGCACCACACCGCCCGAUCCAAGUGUUCCCUCAGGGUUUCAUGGUGAUGACAUGGCAUCUGCCAGCUCCAGCCGGGCAGGUGUGGCCCUCCCUUUUGAGAAGUCUCAGCUUACCCUGAAAGUGGUGUCAGCAAAGCCCAAGGUGCACAACCGGCAGCCCCGGAUCAACUCCUAUGUGGAGGUGGCGGUGGACGGGCUCCCCAGUGAGACCAAGAAGACGGGCAAGCGCAUCGGGAGCUCGGAGCUGCUGUGGAAUGAGAUCAUCAUCUUGAAUGUCACGGCCCAGAGUCAUUUAGAUUUGAAGGUCUGGAGCUGUCAUACCUUGAGGAAUGAACUGCUAGGCACGGCCUCCGUCAACCUCUCCAACGUCUUGAAGAACAAUGGGGGCAAAAUGGAGAACACGCAGCUGACCCUGAACCUGCAGACGGAGAACAAAGGCAGUGUUGUGUCAGGCGGAGAGCUGACGAUUUUCCUGGACGGGCCCAGUGUUGACCUGGGAAGCAUGCCUAAUGGCAGUGCUGUGACAGACGGAUCACAGCUGCCUUCGAGAGAGUCCAGCGGGUCAAGUGUAACUUCAGAGAACCGGCACCCGUCCACCAGCACAAACUGCUUUGGUGGGAGAUCCCGGACGCACAGACAUUCAGGUGGUUCAGCCAGAACAGCCACAGGAGCCAGCGAGCAGAGCCCUGGUCCAAGGAACCGGCACCGCCAGCCCAUCAAGAACCCCAGCCAUGGUGGCCUGGCCAAUGGAGCAGUGAAUGAUGAAUCCACUGCAGCCACUGAUCCUGAAGAACCUUCUGUUGUUGGUGUGAUGUCCCCACCUGCUUCCGCCUUGAGUGUGACCCCCAACCUCAGCACGACAUCUCUUCCCGCUCCGGCCACACCGGCUGAAGGAGAGGAGCCCAGCACCUCGGGCACACAGCAGCUCCCUGCAGCUGCCCAGGCCCCCGAUGCUUUGCCUGCCGGGUGGGAGCAGCGGGAGCUGCCCAAUGGGCGCGUCUACUAUGUUGACCACAAUACCAAGACCACCACCUGGGAGCGGCCUCUUCCUCCAGGCUGGGAAAAACGCACAGACCCCCGAGGGAGGUUUUACUACGUGGAUCACAACACUCGGACCACCACCUGGCAGCGGCCAACAGCAGAGUAUGUGCGGAACUACGAGCAGUGGCAGUCUCAGCGCAGUCAGCUGCAGGGGGCCAUGCAGCACUUCAGCCAAAGAUUCCUCUACCAGUCUUCGAGCACUUCGACUGACCAUGAUCCCCUGGGCCCCCUCCCUCCUGGCUGGGAGAAGAGACAGGACAACGGAAGAGUGUAUUACGUGAACCAUAACACACGCACUACCCAGUGGGAGGACCCUCGGACGCAGGGGAUGAUGCAGGAACCAGCUCUGCCCCCAGGAUGGGAGAUGAAAUAUACCAGCGAGGGGGUGCGGUACUUUGUGGACCACAAUACCCGCACCACCACUUUUAAGGACCCUCGCCCAGGCUUUGAAUCCGGGGCGAAGCAAGGAUCCCCCGGUGCCUAUGACCGGAGUUUUCGGUGGAAGUAUCACCAGUUCCGGUUCCUCUGCCAUUCCAAUGCCCUCCCCAGCCACGUGAAGAUCAGCGUUUCCAGGCAGACACUCUUUGAGGAUUCUUUCCAACAGAUCAUGAACAUGAAGCCCUACGACCUGCGCCGCCGGCUCUACAUCAUCAUGCGGGGUGAGGAGGGCCUGGACUACGGAGGCAUCGCCAGAGAGUGGUUCUUCCUUCUGUCCCACGAGGUGCUCAACCCCAUGUACUGCUUGUUUGAGUACGCCGGGAAGAACAACUACUGCCUGCAGAUCAACCCUGCCUCCUCCAUCAACCCCGACCACCUCACCUACUUCCGCUUCAUUGGCAGGUUCAUUGCCAUGGCUCUGUACCAUGGGAAGUUCAUCGACACCGGCUUCACCCUCCCCUUUUACAAGCGGAUGCUCAACAAGAGACCCACACUGAAAGACCUGGAAUCCAUCGACCCUGAGUUCUACAACUCCAUCCUCUGGAUCAAGGAAAACAACCUAGAGGAGUGUGGCCUGGAGCUGUUCUUCAUCCAGGACAUGGAGAUCCUGGGCAAGGUGACAACCCACGAGCUGAAGGAGGGCGGCGAGAGUAUCCGUGUCACCGAGGAGAACAAGGAAGAGUAUAUCAUGCUGCUGACCGACUGGCGUUUCACCCGUGGUGUGGAAGAGCAGACCAAAGCCUUCCUGGAUGGCUUCAAUGAGGUGGCCCCGCUGGAGUGGCUGCGCUACUUUGACGAGAAAGAGCUGGAGCUCAUGCUGUGCGGCAUGCAGGAGAUCGACAUGAGUGACUGGCAGAAGAACACUAUCUACCGGCACUACACCAAGAACAGCAAGCAGAUCCAGUGGUUCUGGCAGGUCGUGAAGGAGAUGGACAAUGAGAAAAGGAUCCGGCUGCUGCAGUUCGUUACCGGAACCUGCCGCCUGCCUGUUGGGGGCUUUGCUGAGCUCAUUGGGAGCAACGGACCGCAGAAGUUCUGCAUUGACAAGGUUGGCAAGGAAACCUGGCUGCCCAGAAGCCACACCUGCUUCAACCGUCUGGAUCUCCCACCCUACAAGAGCUAUGAACAGCUGAAGGAAAAGCUGCUGUAUGCUAUCGAGGAGACUGAGGGCUUUGGACAGGAGUAGCAGAGGCUGCCCACCCAAGCCCCCAGCGCGCACGUAGUCCCAAGUCCUCCCUGCCUGAAAGCCCACUGGCCACACGCCCCUCAGGAGGUCCCUGUGGAUGGUGGCCCUGCAUGGGACCACACCGCCGUCUCCCAAUGGCAGAAGAAUUUCCCUCCUACCCACAGGUGGCAGUCUGGAAUAAAGCCCUGAGUCACCUUGGCCCCAUCACCCGGGUGAAGUCUUCAGGGUGACCCUCUCUGCAAAACUCUCCCACUCCCCUUGGACCAGCCUGGGUGUGCGUGAGUGUGCGAGGGAAAGUGCCUGGUCCCAAAGGGUGCGGCAGAAGCCUGGGCCUCACCUCCUACUUAGAGGAGGAAAUUGGCCACUUCAGGUACAGUGAGAAAGCCAGGUCUUUGCCAGCAGAAGAGGCUCUGUCUUAACUAGAACUUUCCAAGAUCUGUAUGAAACAUGGGUCUGAGGAAAGACCGUCUUUGCUUCCCUCCCCGGCUGUCUCCAGCCACAGAGGCUGAGCAGCAGGGACUGGGGGCCCCCAGCUCGUCCUUUCUCAGCAGACAAAAGGGUUGGACAAGCCGCCUGCCUGGGGAUCAGUGGGAGGGGGGGCAGCAAACUCCCCCAGAAGUUGUCCUUUUACAUAAACUUGAAGCGUUUGUGUGUAGGGUUGCUUUUUGUUUUGCUCUUGGUAUGCUGCUGCCACUUUCUGUGGAGGACGUGGAACCCUAGGUGUCCCAGGGCCUUGGGGGACCCAGCCUUGUUGGUCUAAGAGUUUCCUAAACAGCUGCUCCUCUCAGGAACCAGCUCAGCAGUCUGCGAGCUCAGGCAGGCCUGACCCAGCCACUCAGUUACCCAGUGGCCAAGUCCCCUAGCUUGCCACAGAGAAAGGGCGGGGUGUCCCGAGCGCCACUCCCAGCCUGCGCCUUCCAUAUGGAAGAGUUCCCUUUGCUAGAUAGUCCCUUGCUGGGCCCCAGGGAGGUGCAGAGGAGCCCGACUGCUCCCCCCUGGCAGCCCCUAGUGGCCCAGAUGGCCCUUAGUCUCCUCCAUACAAAGGCUUGAAUCCUGGCAAUUGGAGCGUGCUCACUCUGCUUUAUCUGCACCCAGGACAUGGCACCACUGAGAACCAGCAGAGGGCGCUGAGCUCCUGCCACAGCCUGGCUUGGUUUGCCGAGCUCCCGGCAGCCUCUGCCUUGGGGAUUCUGCCUUUGACUGAAGUCUUCCGGUUGUGCAGGCUCCUCUGGACUUUGGAGUAACGAUGGUGGCACACUCCCUAGUCCAGGCCCCCAGCUGCAGACCAGCUUCCGGGGACCCCAGGGUGGCUUUCAUGUCCAUCCAGGAGCCUUCAAGGACAGUCUCGCCCUCCUGCAUCUCGUCCUUCCCGGGUCCAUGGAGGGACAGCCAUGUCCCCCCACAUUUGAGUGGCUCAGCUCACUGCAGCUUGGCCUCUCUCCUCUCAGUCACUUCUGGUAUUGCCCCUCGAAGACUACUCCAGCAGGUGGGCAGAGCUGCGAGUCGCCAGGGUGGCGCAGGAGCAGCAGGCUCAUGGGUGUUCAUGUGUGUUUGUGUGUGCACGUGCAUACGUGUGUAUAGCCGAAGUGUCUGUGUGGAAUGCCCUGCAGUAGCACUGGGUUGGUCACCGGAUUGUUUUGUAAUGCCUGCCCCUGCGUCGGUAUUGCCAGUUUCUUGUGCAAUAAACAGUCGCAGCCGUGGC